UUGCAUAGGUCCGAAUCAAAUGUUCACAAACUCUAGAAAUGGAUGAUAUAAACAAGUUUCUUUUUCCCUUAUCUUUCCUUCUGAAAGUUAUAGUGUUCCUCGUUGAUUAUACAGCAAUCAGAAUUAGAAAACUCGACACUGAGCUCACCCUCACCAAUAGUGGCGUUCAUGGAUAUCCCAUGUUCUCUCCAGGCCACUUCCUGUAGUGUUACAGCUCUUUUAGAAUUUGUCUAGCAGGUUUUCCGGUUUUUACCGGAAGACCCCCUCCACAAUACGUUUUCAACAAUAGAGCUACCUCGGUUCUCGGAGUGGUUUUCGCUUUUAGGUUUUUUUUUUUUUUUUUUUUCACCCCCCAAUGGCAUCGAGUCCAGCUGGGUCAUCUCUCGUUUUAAGGCGUUUUGGCGUUUAGUAUUACGCUGCACCGCGAGGCUUCCGGCUGUCGCUGAUGCUGCUUCCCUUCCACCCCCGUCAGUUUCGGGAGUCGCUCUAGCAGGCUGAUCGUUUUUCCCGUGCAUUUCCUUGGUUCGGCUGCACGUGCAGCUUUUGUUACCCUAUGGCGUCCGCCUCGGCCCAACCUGCGGCCCUGAGUGCCGAGCAAGCCAAGGUGGUCCUGGCCGAGGUCAUCCAGGCGUUCUCGGCCCCGGAGAACGCCGUGCGCAUGGACGAGGCUCGGGACAACGCGUGCAACGACAUGGGCAAAAUGCUGCAAUUCGUGCUGCCCGUGGCCACGCAGAUUCAGCAGGAGGUUAUCAAGGCCUAUGGCUUCAGCUGCGACGGGGAAGGUGUCCUUAAGUUUGCCCGCUUGGUCAAGUCUUAUGAAGCCCAGGAUCCCGAGAUUGCCAGCUUGUCGGGCAAGCUGAAGGCGUUGUUCCUGCCACCCAUGACAUUGCCGCCCCACGGGCCUGCUCCCGGUGGCAGCGUGGCUGCCUCCUGAGGGUCGGCCCUCCCCUGGGACACUGCCCAGGAAGGGAAGACCUUGAUGUUCCAGAGGAUAAUAAACAUGCCUGUGACUUA